GGUCCGGUACGUCGGUGGGAUAGGACGGAGCCGCGGUGGAAGGAGUAGUAAGCGGCCUACGCAGUAUCAAGCUGGGUCCCAGCUUUUAUUAGUUCUUCGGCGCUCGGCGGAGAACGGUGCGUGCCGAAGGAGUGGUAGCCCCUAAGUCGCGUAGCAGGUCCGGAAUUACCUAACGAGACCCCGUCGUAAUCGGUGCGAGCGAGUCGUCGAAGUGAAUUGUACAGGUAGAGAACCACCGGGUGCCGGGACAUUCGAUCCUGGGCGCCGUCGCAGCAUCGAAGCCGAGAGUUCGAUCGGUCGCGACUUGAAACGAACACGCGCGUGUGCCACAGCCAAGAAGCAGUGACCUUUCGGGGAACAAGUGUUGCCGGACGGUUCGGAUAAGUUCGUUUUGGUUAUCGGCAUCGAGAGAGUGUGCCGCGUGUAACAGCGCCGGCUAACAGUGAGCAAGAAAGAAAUAGGUAGCUCUGGCCGGAGAUCGAGGGGAUGCUCUCUUGGCCGAUCGAUGAUAAUCGUCGCUAGGACGUCGCGUCGCAUCAGGAUCGGGAGCAAGGUGUUCGUCUCGCCGGUCCCACGGGACGAGACACCCGGCUGCCCUGGUGGCGGUGACAGUUGCUGUACGUGAGAGUGUUUUGUUCGGUAGAACCACGAGCCGCCGGGUCCUCUCUCUCCCUCGAUCCUCCUUCGAUCCUCUUCUUGCUGGUACGUCGCGGUCAAGGGGGAUAUCCUUAAAGAGCGCGCCAGAGGCACUACCGAUCGGAAUGCUACCGUGCCAGUGAAGGUUGGUUGGUGAUCGGGUCUAGCGGUGUGAUCGGGAAGAGUGAAGGCGAGGGGAGCGAUAGAGCGAAAGGUUGACGCAAUUAGAGGCCGUGGUUGAGUGACGGAAGUCGGUUUGUCGGGGGUAGCGAGGCGAGAGGGUGCCGAACGAGAAGGAGAAAAGCGAAACGGGGGGAAGUGUGUUAUGGUUGGGAGGAAAAGGCCGGAAAGAUGCUCGAGGUUCAGCGCUCGGACUUUUUAAGAGAGGAGGAAGCCUCCAACGCCCCCACCGCCGAUUUACUACCCCCCGACUCGACCGGGGCUUCCGUCUCCGGGUGGAAGCCCGCUGAGAGAACCGUCUCCUUCAAUCGAGACGUCCACGUCAAGAGGAUCGGACGCGAAUCACCCCGCGUGACCGCGGCGCUCGUAGGAGAUGGCGAAGGCAGGUUGAUCGCCACCCCCGUGCACAAAGAGAGCAUCGCGUCGAGGAGCAAGGAGGACUUGGCGCAGGAGGCGGCGCUGGUGCUUCAGCAAGCGGGCAGCCUUCAUUGCGUCGCGCACGAUAACCGCCGAUUGCCCGGCCGAUUCAGCACACUCCCGGCGCGUCGUAACAAGAAGAGGCCGGAACUGCCGCUCGAUGUGAGACGCAGGAGCGAGGAGAUCGGUGGCACGACCGGCGCGGACUCGGUCGAGACGCCUCGGCUGAAGAAGAAGGCACUGGAGAGGAGCGCGAGCGAUGCCAGCGCGAAGAAGCUAAGAGGCACCCUAGCCAGGUUCUUCUCCCCGAAGCUCGAGCGCAAGAGGAACCCGGUGGGCCGGAGCGCGAGCGACGCGGGGGCGUCCGCUCGGUCACACCGCAAGAGGAGCGGCAGCGAGAGCGAGGGCUCGCACCUGGGCAGCCUCCGCGCGAAGAAGCAGCUGUCGCCUAUCAUCGAGGCGUCGCCGCACGUCGAUCAGCAGCCGUUCCACUUCGGCAGGAUCGAUGUGAGCGAGGCCGCGAGCCGGCCGGAAGCGAAGAAGUCCAGGCAAGAGGAGUCCGAUGCCAGAAAGGUAACCGGGCCGCCAGCAGAGACGCGAGACCAGCCCGAACAAACGGAAGAGCCCGGCAGCGAGCCACCGGUAUCGCCCCGUAGAGGGAACAAGGCGGCCGUGCGGCGCAUACCCAUCGAGCUUGAGGACGAUAACAAGUCGAAACGGGAGGGGGAACAAAGGAAAGAGGAGAAGCCAGCCCGGACCCCUUCACCGGCAAAGGACACCGGGCUCGACGAAGUAGACAAGGUCGCCGCGAGUAGCAUGCUGCACAGCAGCCGAUACGAUCUCCAGCAACGCGACGAAGAGUCAACGAUACACAAGAUGAUUCACCGAUUGUCCAACGACCGAUCGCCGCCUCCCCAGCUGACCAGGACCAUGGUGUCGCCCGGGCCAGGUUUCGGGCACAACAACAACCGACCGUUCUCCUAUACCAGACCGAACGAGACCUGCGGCUCGCCGCCCCCGCAGACCAACGUGAUCUACGCCCAGGUGCAAACCGACAAGAAGAAGGCGCAGAGGAGUCACUCGGACAGCGACGAAGGCCUCGGCCUCGAGCGCAAGGACUCCUCGCGCGAGAACAGUCCCGCGGAGAAGGAGUACCGCAGGACGGACUACUCGGCGUACAACAGCGAGCUCAGGCGCAACAACGAGAUCAACACGUUCAAGUCCAGGUUCGAGGAGGAUCGUAAGACCAGCGGACACUUCGCCGGCCACUACAGCGGCGCGCAGGACUACGCGUCCAGGAAUUCGGACGCGAAAGCGAAACGGCACCACGAGUUCGAGCAGAUCGACCGGCGACUCUACGAUAAGCCGGAGAAGUACACGUCGACGGUGUUCGUCGACGCUUCCGGCAGGGGCAGGGCCGACGGGACCGACGCCAGGCAACGGGAGAGCAACGAGUACCUCCUGAGACAGACGCAGCCCGGCAUCUCGAACAAGACGUCCGAGCUGAGCGCGAGACGCGACCUUCUCGAGUCCCGGAUCAAGUCGAGGCUGCUGGCGGACGAGAUAUUCGCCGCGAAGAACAGCGCCAACGUGCCGAUCAAAAAGUCCGAGCACGAGAUCAUCGAUAAGCCGAUCGUGCCGUCCCCCGUGACGCCGAACCGCGUCGCGUCGCCGAAACGCUACAUGGACACCUACAUCACGGAGACAAGGACGAACAGCAACGGGGAGAAGUACAUCUUCGAGAAGGAGAUACACGAGGACAACGGCAAGGUCUACGGCUACGAGAAGAAGAUCACCAACAAAAUACCGACCGACGGUUACAUCGAUGCGAAACCGAGGGACGGGUACACCGUCGAGACCAGGACGGACAAGUACGGCGACAAGUACAUCGUCGAGACGCGAACGCACGAGGGCUACGCGGACGACUUCAAGGUGGUCGGUAACCGGGCUAGGAACAGCCCGGAGGACCGAUUCCAGGGCAUCCGAGGCACCGGCAGCCCGUACAAGGUGGCCAACUUCCAUCAGGAGGGUCACACGAUGCCGCACCACUUCCGCGGCGAGUCCAAAGAGAACAACGCGCUGCCGUCGCCCAUCGUCGCGAAGAAGUUCACCACCGAGAGGAAAUUCUCGAAGAGCGAGGACUUCCUGGACCGCGAGACCACCAGGCCCAGGGACCCGUACAUGCCGAAGAAGAAGAACUUCGAAUCGAUACGCGGCAUGAGCAAGUCCACGCAGCGAUUGGACGAGAUAGGCGAGAACGCGAGAGUCAGGGCGCUCAGGAGCGAGUACACGACCAGGUCCCACGAGAACCUGACCAGCGGUCACGCGGACUACGUGAACGCCAGGGACAUGCGUCGGCCGCUUCACGAGAGUCCCACGAUAAACGGUCGGAAGGAGAGGUCGCCCUUCGCGAAGAGACACCUGGACAGCCUGAGAGAGGGGCCCAACGACGACUACGACACAGACAUCUCCCAGAUGACGAACAGUCAACUGGAGUCCAAGUACUACAAGGAGACGCGCACCACCCAACGGUACACCACCAGCAAGCACCCGAUCCACGACGACUACGACAGCUCGCCGCCGAGGAUACGCACCGACCGCGGCGGCUACAACUCGAGCAGAUACGACUCGGACACCACCGCCAGAGACUCGAUCCGCUGCGAGACCAGAUACGACGAGACCUCGCGCACUUUGAGAAAGGAGCACCGGAAGAUGGACGAGGACCCGAAGAAGCCUCUGCGCAGGUCCCGCAAUCGGUUGGAUUACUUCGACGAUUCCGACGCCAGGGAGAGUCCACGAGUGAAGGCAUCGGUAGGCAGGUUGGAGCCGUUCGACGAGAGCCCGACCAGGCCGGCCAGGGCCUUCCACGAAGGCGGCAAGUCCAGGCACAUGAGACAGGAGACUCGGUCGCACACGGAGCGGCGUCAACGCGAGACACGACUCAGCGAUUCCGACCGGAAGGACCGUCUGGCCGAUUCGGGCAUCGAGAACGAUUACAGGCGUGACUCGCAGGAGGUGGACAGACGGGAGCAGAUCGAGUCCGAGGACGAGGGAUUCGUCACGAGACAGUUCAUCAAGCACGAACGAAGGCACACCGACCGGAACAUGAACUUGACCGCGUCCGAGCAGCGGAAGUACGACAAGUAUUCGAACGACGUAUCGAAGUCGCCGCCGGUCACCGCGAAACCGCCGUCCGGCGCCGAUAAAAAGUACGAGAAGAAGGCGGCGAAGAAGAGCGGCACGAUGAGCAAAGUGAAGCAGCUGUUCAGCAAGAAGGAGAAGAAGGCGAAGGAGGAGAAGAACAAGAAGAACGCGAGGAGCGGCGGCAGCGGCGCGCUCACCGACGACGAGGUCACCAUCAGGUACAGGGAGUACCGUGGCGAUCAGCUGAGGAGCGCGAAGAGCGCCAGGGAUUUGGGCAGCGACAUCAAUCAGGAGGAGUACAGCCAACGCAGACGCCUAUCCACUCCCAGCGGCAGUCCAAGCCCGCCAAGACCGACGAGGCUGUCAAGAUCCACGGGUACACUGACCAGAGAUGAGGAAACCUUUUGCGACUCGACGCACACCCUCACCAGGGAAAAUCAGGGGCAAGAAGCUGAACGAAAGGGCUGGUUCAAGUCUUUGUCCAGGAAGAAUAAAUCGAACAUGAAGGCGGUGGACAAGAAGCCGAGGAUACCGGAGAGCGAGAUCUUGACCACCGGCACCGAGGACGAGGAGGCCUCGUCCGCGCCCGAACGGGUCUCCGUGCAGAAGAACUUGCGUUUCUUCGGCGACACCGAUCAAGAAUCCGUUUCGUCUAAUAGAGAUCGCAGAAGCAAACGAGCCGACGACCACGCUUGUUCGGGGCGUGAUGUAACGACCUCCAGCCGCCAUGGUUUGGGAAUUCUGUCGCCACCCCGGAAACCACCGAGACUCGCGGAGAGCGCGUUGUCGUCCGGUGAGAGUACAACAGGGGACAGCAGUCAACAGAGUCAAAACUCCCAGAGAUCCCAGAGAUCUGUUGUAUACCUCCAUGCUGCUACAGUGGGCGAAAUACCUGGUCCCAAUGAGAGACGCAGGGCGGCCAGCAGGGAGGAACUAAAUCGACCCUUGCAGUCGCACACGAGAACGGUAUCGAGGAGCGUAAGCGUUCUCGCGCCCUGGAAGCCGAGACACUACAGGGAACCGUUCGAGAUCAAUUACGACCAGCAACUGCAUCCAAAGUCAAUGGCGACCAUGAGACGCAGGCAGAGAAGCCGCGAGACGCUGAGUCGCCGUGGAAAGGACUCUCGUCGAAGCAAAGACAAUCUCUCGAAAACCGGCACAAUCAAUCGCAGCACGUUGAAAUCGAAAGACAAGCAGAAGGUGGAUAGAACCGUUUCCACGGAAUCGUUGGCCACCAAGUCACGCAGCGUCAACUCGAAACCAGAACUAAGCAGGUCCACGUCCGUUCCACGCGAUCCGAACAAGAGCGCGGGAUGGUUCAAGCUGAAGAGCAAGAAGUCCCGAGCUUGAAGGGGAGGCCAUUGAUCAAUGCUAGUCUUGAGUUUCAUAAGUAAUUCGUUAAUCGUAAGGGUUUAAUUAAUAAUAAACGUGUCGUCGUGUAACCACCGCCGUUUGCGGUGGAUAACCGUACGGAACUAAUAUUACCAUUUUACCAUUUUGUUCUGUAUUCCAAUGUGCAAUGCAAGCAAGGCGUCGAGGUACGGAAGAAUUAAUGACAAUCCAAUUAACCGAUGUUAAAAUUAUUCGAGGAUCUUCCUGCGCGAUUGUAACCGGGAGCAAUGUAACGUUUUACCGCGUUCGGGGAACCACCGCCGGACUUCUCACCACGUUCGAACAUUAUCGAGAAGAAAUUGUGGCCACGUGUACAUUCGUAACGAAAUGUAAGAUGUACUGUAAUGUAUAAGCAUGUUCUGUUUCUCUCUGAUUAAAAUCUAAUAAAACAUAGGAAAAUUCAAUUUUAUUUCCGUAAAGAUGCCCGCAGAAAUUAGUUACGUUACGAUCGGAUGCCGUUCGAAUUGAACGAAAUGUAAAUUUCUGUACGAAUCUUAUCCUCGAGGAUAGGAUCCUUCCCAUCGAUAUAAUCGAGCCUUCUCUCUGCCAGAUUUAACAAAUUAAAUUUGUUGGGCGAGACGAGAACGCGAUCAGAAUAUCAUCGUUCGCUGAUCUUUACAUGAUGAACAUGUUUAUGUCGUCGCUUGACAAGUUCGUAAUCGCAUUUCCAGUUGUUAAAAACAAGCAUUCCACGCUAUUCGUUCGUGUGACAAAAGUAAGUGAAGCGUGUGGUUUACAAGAGAUAACAAAAAGAAAAAACAAAAAAAUAAUAAAGAACAGAAGAAAUUAACUUUAUUUCACCGUGAAUCAGAGUGCCAUUUCCGUUUCUAUUAAGUGUACACACAUUGUUCCAAGAUAAAUCAAAAUUUCUAAACGUGCAAGGUAUUUUAAUCUACGAAUGUAACAAGGUAAUAUCGCAUUAAGAUUAAGCUAUAGUGUAAUAGCGCGAAAAUAAAAUAUUUUUCAAAUUGUGUUCGCAACGAUUAUGUUGCGCAAGUGAAUAAUAUAGCGGUUAUGUAUUAUUUUUAAAUGUUUCAUUGUGCAUAGAUCGACCUGAUCUUACUUACAUAUACUAAUUGUAAAUAUUUGUAAUAAUAAUCCUUAUUUCUAACUAUCUUCACUUUGCUUUAUUGUGUGUCUCCACUUAAUCUUUCUCUUCAGUUAUCGUUAAUUAAAAGCCGCAGCCUUUGUCACGGAAAUGAAUUAUUUUACGAGAAUACGGUGUCGAUGCAACAGUGAAUGAUUCCUACGGGAAAAAGUUUUAUCUGUUAUACUGUAAUAUACCACCAUCUCUACGGAAUUUUCUUUUUUUUUUACAACGUGAAUUGUCAACUGGACCACCAGCAACUUUCACUUCCUCUAUUUGGUGCUACUUGCGUUAUAUGUAUAUAUGUGAACUACUACAUGUUUGCAUGUAAAUAUAAUGGAUAUAUAUAUAGACCAUUUGUAACGAUUCUUCAAUAAGUUUGUAUUAACUAUUAACAUAGUUAUUAUUUUAUCAUAUAUGUGUAAGAGAAAGUGUUAAAAUGCCUAAAGAUGGAAGUGUCAGAAUAAACUAUAUUUUGUAAUGCAAUAACUAAUUUGAAAUAAAUAAACAUGUAAGCACGGUGUACCAUAUGUUACUCUGUGCUGUGAGCAUAACACAGAAUAUUUUCAGUACUAAUAAAACAUCGUAGCAUCAUA